AUGCGGCCUCCAGCGCUGUCAGCGGUUGUCGCCGCAGCCUUGACGGCUUUGCCGCUGGCUGCAGCGUCUAAAUCUGUCAACGUGGGCAUGAACGCUGCCUUUCAAGCCGGCCCUUACCUGCUCGAGCUUCUCGAGACCGCAGCAGGGGAAAACUCGAGCGCCUACUUUCCUCUUCUUGACCGAAUCGCAAGCGGCCACUUUGCGUCGGCGUCCUCCGAUAACGAGUUAUACCAGAAGUUCCUCGACGUGCUCCGUAAUGACGGCCACGUGUCCAGCCCCGAUGCUCUGUCUACGUUCAACCUCGCCCUUUCACUGCGUACGGCGGCGCCGAGGAUAGAGGCGCACUACCAGUAUUACACCACAGCCGUGGAGCCUGCUGUGGCCGACUCGAAGUGCUCGGACUGGAUACUGCUUGACGGGAAGCAGUACUGCACCCCUGCCAUGGACGACGUCGUGAAGCACGACCUGUCCAAAUCCGCAAUCAAAGAUUUACCAUUUGACCGGGCUUUGGGAGCUGGGAGAGAAGCAGUUCUCUAUACGGAUCCAGCGUCGCCGACAUUUGGGGAAUUUCACGCCGCGCUCUCCAAGGCGGCCCGGGCGAUGACACUCAGCUAUCGUGUGCGUUACCGUCGCAGUAGCGUGGUGGAUUUCCGGCCACUGCCUGUGAGUGGCUAUGGUGUAGAGCUUGCACUCAAGAAAACAGACUAUAUCGUGAUCGAUGACCGAGAGUCGGAUCACGGGUCGCAAAAGCCACUUGGGUCGGACGCUGUCCUAAACGAAGUCGAAGACGUAGCCGACCUCCAGCCAUUAUCCGCGUCAGAGCUUGGACCUUUGGGGUUGAAGACUUCUUCAUUCAUUCAGCGAAGCACCGAUCCGUUCGCCACACUCGUUAAGCUGACCCAAGACUUCCCGAGAUUUGCUGCAUCCCUCGCAACGCACAAUGUGUCUCAAGAGUUUGUUGCCGAAGCCGAGAGGAAUCGAGCCAAUCUCAUUCGUGGUGGCAUCAAUUUCUUGUGGAUGAACGGUCUUCAGUUGAUUGAGCGUCAAAUCGAGCCGUUCAACCUCGUCGAGAUGCUUCGCCGGGAGAGAAAGCUGAUCCGUGGCGUUCGCAGCCUUGGCCUUGAUGGCAAACAAGCUGUCUCCCUCCUUGGUCAUGAGUCUGUCUCUUCUGCAAAGGGGGACGACGAGCCUCUUCGGUACGACUGGACGGACCGUGAAGAGCAGGGCCGUGUGAUUAUCUGGCUGAAUGACCUCGAGAACGAUGCCCGGUACGCGGACUACCCGAAAGAAUUGGCGUCGCUACUUCGGAGAACCUAUCCUGGUCAGAUGCCGCCAAUUGGUCUGAACAUCUUCAACCUUAUUAUUCCCGCAGAUAUUUCCAGGCCGGACGACAUCCAGUUUCUCUCACAAGUGAUUUCCAUCAUGAGCCGAGGCAUCCCUAUACGUUUUGGUAUCGUACCAUCGACAUCGACACCGGAGGCUUCUGCUCACGCCAAGGUGCUUUAUCACCUGAUCAAAAACUACGGAGCCGAGUCUAUUGUAGGCUAUUUGCAGGUCUUGGGAGAACGUGGCACCCUUACUGCCGAUGAGAAAAUUCUCUCAGCAGCAUUGGCCUCUCAAGAGCUACUGCCAGGAGGGCAGACCCUGUCACUCCAAGAGGUCCUGGCCACGGACUCAUAUGCUGCGCAAGCAGACUUAGCCGCCUCCUGGACCAAGCGCCUCAGAGCCGACACUCCGACGGCACCGCUCUUCAUCAAUGGUAUCUUGACUCCACGCGACAAGAAGUGGAUGCAGACAAUGAGCAUGAAGAUAGGCGAGGACCUUCAGAAUGUCCAACAGGGCAUCUUCCAUGGCUUGGUGGGCGAGGACACCUGGAUCCCCGGUAUUUUUCUCAAAGGAGCUGCCACAAGACGAAAUCCGUACAUUUCGUUGGAGGAUGACAAGUCACUCCGCAUGCUGGACGUGAGCAAGAUCUACGAAGAACAUGGCAGGCUACUGGGACAGCUCCCCGUCUUCGGAGCCUAUGCGGAUUCGUCAAAGGAGAAUUGGGCUGUCGUGACGGUGCUCGCAGAUGUAACGAGCGAUGACGGCCAAGAUCUCAUGCUGGCUGCUCUGGAAUUCAAGCGCAACAAUCCCGGAAUUCACCUUGAGCUCUUGCACAACCCGGCUGAUAUAUCGACGGCUUCACGCGUGAACUUCCUCUUGAAGGCAGACACAGAGACUGUUGCUACCAUUGAGACCAAGGAGGCACUGAGUAAGAUGAUCGACAGUACUGCCGAUGCCUCUGGCGAUGAGGAUUUCUCUGCAGCGUUGUCCAGCUUCCUCUCCAUGGCUAGACUCGGAACGGGCACACAAUCGAUCCUGCUUAAUGGCCGCGUUGUCGGGCCAAUAGCGCCCGGGGAUCCGUUUACGUCGGAUGACUUUCACCAUUUGCUCGAUUUCGAGCAGCAGCGACGGAUCCUGCCGGUCUACAAAGCCGUCGACGACUUAGGGCUCACUGAUCGACUCUCUAGUCCCAUAGCAGCAGCCAAGCUUACGUCAAUAACUGCCCUGUCAACCAUUUCUGAUCUUCCGGAAGGCAUUUUUGAGUCGGCGCCAACCAUUCGCUCGACUUUGUACGAUUCAUGGAACACCACACACACUGCAAUCGAGGUUGGCGACGCGAAGUCCGCGGAUAUCCACAUCGUGGGCCUCUUGGAUCCUGUCAGUGAGAAGGCCCAGAGAUGGGUACCCAUCCUGAAAGUCUUGUCGGACCUGGAAGGCGUCUAUGUCAAGCUCAUCUUGAACCCACGAGACAACAUUGGAGAGUUGCCCGUGAAGCGGUUCUUUAGGUUUGUCAUGGAACCCAAGCCAUCCUUCGACGCGAGUGGAAACGUAGCAGGAUUGAGAGCCACGUUCAAGAGUCUGCCAUCAGAGGCGCUGUUGACCGUGGGCAUGGACGUCCCACCAGCCUGGCUUGUGGCACCAAAAGAGUCCGCGCAUGACUUGGACAACAUCAAGCUGAGCUCCGCGCAAACUGACAUCGACGCAACGUACGAGCUGCAGCACAUCCUCAUCGAAGGCCACUCCCGGGACGACGACGGGAGCCCUCCACGAGGUGCUCAGCUAGUGCUGUCGACUGAGAGAGAGCCGCUUGUGACGGACACUAUUGUCAUGUCGAACCUUGGCUUUUUCCAGUUCAAGGCAAACCCUGGCUUCUAUAAGAUCCAGCUCAAGGCGGGCAGGACGUCUGACAUAUAUACUAUUGAAAGUAUCGGUGCUCAGGGUUGGGAACCUGCGCCUGGUGAUGAAGGUACUGAGCUUGCCCUCAUGAACUUUCAAGGGUCGACUUUGUAUCCGCGCCUGAAACGGAAACCCGGAAUGGAGGAAGAAGAUGUUCUCGAAUCCUCCGAUCGGUCGGCUUCCGACAGCCUGGUCUCCAAGGGAAUGAAGUUCGCCGAGGGGCUGCUUGGUGGCUCCAAGGGCAAGGAAGUUUCAGCGCAGGUACACGCGGACAUCAACAUUUUCUCUGUGGCCAGUGGACACCUAUACGAGCGAAUGCUCAACAUUAUGAUGGUGUCGGUGAUGCGCAACACCAAGCACAGCGUCAAAUUCUGGUUCAUCGAGCAAUUCCUGUCGCCUUCGUUCAAGGAGUUCAUCCCGCACCUCGCCAAGGAAUAUGGUUUCAAGUAUGAGAUGGUCACAUACAAGUGGCCACACUGGUUGAGGCAACAGAAGGAGAAGCAGCGCGAGAUCUGGGGCUACAAGAUUCUGUUCCUCGAUGUGCUUUUCCCCUUGUCACUGGACAAGGUCAUUUUCGUCGACGCGGAUCAGAUUGUCAGGACAGACAUGAUGGACCUAGUCAAUAGGGACCUCGAGGGCGCGCCUUACGGAUUCACGCCGAUGUGCGACUCACGCACAGAAAUGGAAGGAUUCCGCUUCUGGAAACAGGGCUACUGGGCAAACUACCUCCGCGGCAAGCCGUACCACAUCUCGGCCCUGUACGUCGUUGAUCUCCGUCGCUUCCGCGAGCUCGCGGCGGGCGAUCGCCUGCGCCAGCAGUACCAUGCGCUCUCCGCGGACCCGGCGAGCUUGUCCAACUUGGACCAGGACCUCCCCAACCACAUGCAGUUCCAGAUUCCCAUCCACAGCCUACCGCAGGAGUGGUUGUGGUGCGAGACGUGGUGCAGCGACGACAGCCUCGCUAGCGCGCGCACAAUCGACCUGUGCAACAACCCGCAGACCAAAGAGCCCAAGCUAGACCGCGCCCGGCGGCAGGUUCCUGAGUGGACCGUGUACGAUGAAGAGAUUGCAGCGUUGGGUAAGAGGCGAAAGCAAGCCCAGGCGAGCCAGCCGGAUCCCAAGGACGGUACAAAGGCCGUCAAUACGAAGAGCCGGACGCUGGUAGAAGAGGCCACAAGCAGUCACGUCAAAGAUGAGCUGUGA